AAGCACGGAAGCACCUGUGUGAGUGUGUGUCUGAAUCUCAUGUUACUGGCAGCUGAGCAUGUCCUGUCACGGAAGCUGCUGCCCAUGCCCGUGCACAUGCUACCCUGCCGCCGGAGCUAUUAACCAGCCCGAGCCAUGCGCUCCUGCGCCCACCGCGCCCUGACGCCGCCGCCAUGCUCGGCGCACCCCGCCACGACGGCGACGCCGCGGCGCUCGCGCAGCAUCAGGAGCAGGACGCCGCCGCCGGACCCUCCUCGCCGAGAGGGCUCGUGCUCGCGUGCGCCGGCCUCCUCCACCGGGGCGACGUCGACGGCGCCCGGCGCGCGGCGGCCGAGGUCCUGUCCACCGCCGACCCGCGGGGCGACGCGGCCGACCGCCUCGCGCACCACUUUGGCCGCGCGCUCGCCCGCCGCGUGGACGGCGGGGACGACGUCGCCGCCGCCGCGCCCGCGGGCGCAGCUGGAGCGGCUUCCUCUUCUUCUUCGGCCCCCGGGGCGCCGUCGGCGACGGCGUACCUGGCGUACAACCAGAUCGCGCCGUUCCUGCGGUUCGCGCACCUGACGGCGAACCAGGCGAUACUGGAUACCGCCGCCGCCGGCGGCGGCGCGCGGCGCUUGCACAUCGUCGACCUCGACGCCGCGCACGGCGUGCAGUGGCCGCCGCUCCUGCAGGCCAUCGCCGACCGCGCGGACCCCGAUCUCGGCCCUCCCGAGGUCCGGAUCACCGGCGCCGGGCCCGACCGCGACGUGCUCCUCCGCACCGGCGACCGUCUCCGCGCCUUCGCCGCCUCCCUCAACCUCCCAUUCCGCUUCCACCCUCUCCUCCUCCCCCGCACCACGCAGCUCGCCGUCGCCGACCCAGCCACGGAGCUGGAGCUGCACCCGGACGAGACGCUGGCCGUCAACUGCGUUCUCUUCUUGCACAAGCUCGUCAGCGACGGCGAGGUCGCGGCGUUCCUGAACUGGGUCAAGUCCAUGAACCCCUCCGUGGUGACCCUCGCCGAGAGGGAAGCGAGCAUCGGCGGCGGCGACUGCCCGGAGGACCUACACCGGCGGGUGGCCACGGCGAUGGACUACUACUCGGCGGUGUUCGAUGCCCUGGAGGCGACGGCGCCGCCGGGCAGUGCUGACCGCCUCGCAGUCGAGCAGGAGGUCCUCGGCCAGGAGAUCGAUGCGGUGGUGGCGCCUGGAGGACACGCGGGCCGGCGAGCCCGAGGGUUCGAGUCCUGGGCCGCCGCCGCUCGCGCCGCCGGCCUCUCGCCGCGGCCGCUGAGCGCGUUCGCGGUGUCGCAGGCGCGGCUGCUGCUGCGGCUGUACUACCCGUCGGAGGGGUACGUUGCCGAGGAGGCCCGCGGUGCGUGCUUCCUCGGCUGGCAGACGCGGCCGCUCAUGUCGGUUUCGUCUUGGCAGUAGAUCGAUCGAUCGAUCGUCUAGAGGCCAGUGAUGUUCGACCUCGGCAGGGUGCACCUGCUCCAUCCAUGGCUUCUCGCUCGAUCGCUAGCUAAGCAGGCCACCUGCACCACCGCAUUGCCACCAUCAAUGAUACUUGAGCGAGCUGGUGAUCUCGUGGUUGAAGAAAUGAAGAGAUGGCUUUAGUGAGUGGGUUUUGAGGUAAGAAGACCGCGGAAGCAAGCGUCCAUGCAAAAGGAUCUGGCUAGGGGGGGAAAUGCAUGGUCGUCCUAGCUAAAGCUAGGUGCUUUGCUUUCCUCUCUCAAGCUUGGGCAAUGGCGGCUGCUCAAUCUUGGAAGGCUACUACUACUUUUGGUGUACUGCAACGGACGAAGGAGGAAGAAGAUGCGGGUGGAUGUGCGUAAAGGGCACGUUGCAUGGGAACGCACCAUUGGGAGAUCCAUGCGAGGAUCUUUGGCAUAAUUCAUUUGCUCAACUUGGUAAGCCGUCGUCCUUCUACCACUAGGAACCUACAGAACAGAGCGGGCAUGCCUGCAUUAGCUGACGAUGAACAGCAGUGGCGUACGUCCUGGUGGAGCUAACGGACAGAGAGGAAUGUGAUGACCCAUUUAACUUGCCAACCCUCGGAAGAAGCAGGCUAGAAGAGGCUUCUUGUGCUUCUGGUAGGCUGCUGCAUGAGCUAGCAUAUGCUCGAUCGGCAGCGCGUUUCUCCCAAUGAUUUGGCAUGCAUGUCAUGCACACAGGGUGUAUGAUGGUGGCCACACGGCAUGCAUGAUCUUCGAAUAUCGUCGUGCAAAUUAGAACAGCGUACUAGCUAAUUUAACUGUUGCCCCCCAAAUGGGGUAAUCAAUAAGGAGGUGCAAUUCUUUCAAUUUAUUAGUUUAUAUAUUAGUAUUGCCAUUUGUUCAUGAAUAUAUACAUAGACAUGUAUGCAUACAUUAUUUG